AUGGUGUCCGAUUUUCGAGGUUUCUGCUCCAUUCUAGUCCUCCUCUCGGUUCUCUCAACUAUCUCGUUACUCUACCGUGCUUCCUUCUACUCUCAUGAACAGAGUCUGGAACUCGGACUGGGAUUGGGACCGGGACUAAGACAGAACCAGAACCGCCAAAUCGAUCUCCUAACCUUUCCAUCGGCAUGGAACCAUCUUUCGUUCCCUCCAAACCCACCUCAAAAACUCCUCAAAAUUGCACUUUUUGUCAAGAAAUGGCCCGACAGGCGCCACGCUGGCGGGCUGGAGCGUCACGCACUGACGCUCCACCUUGCUCUGGCCAAACGUGGCCACGAGCUUCACAUCUUCACCGCCUCCUCUCCCAACUUUUCAUUCCCAAAUUACCCUUUCGAAAAUUUACAUUUCCAUCUCUCGAAACCUACGGAUGCAGGGUACCUCAACCAAGCUCUCAUUUGGAAACAAUUCCAAGAUCAAAACUCGUCCGGAAAACCAUUUGACGUGGUCCACACCGAGAGUGUAAGCUUAAUGCAUACGCGGUCGAAAAACGUUUCAAAUUUAGCAGUUUCUUGGCAUGGAAUCGCGUAUGAAACGUUACAUUCCGACAUCAUUCAAGAACUCCUACGCGCACCCAAUGAAAACCAGACGAAUCACUUGACCGAAAGAGCAGGAAAAGUAGUCAACGAGAUAAAAUUCUUUCAAAAUUACGCGCACCAUGUUGCCACAAGCGAUCAUGUUGGGGACGUGUUGAAAAGAAUCUACAUGAUACCGGAAGAUCGAGUUCAUAUCAUACUCAAUGGUGUAGACGAAGAUGUUUUCAAACCGGAUUACAACACCGGAAUCGAAUUCCGGUCGCAUUUCGGUAUUCCGGAGACGAAAACACUGAUUCUAGGAAUGGCAGGUAGGUUGGUUAAGGACAAAGGACACCCGUUGAUGUUUGAAGCUCUAAAGCAAAUCUUUGCUGAAAACUCGACUUUCCGGGAGACUGUGGUGGUUUUAGUCGCCGGAGAUGGUCCGUGGGGUGUUCGAUAUAAAGAACUCGGGGAUAAUUUACUUGCUUUGGGCCCACUACAACCGGUUCAAAUGGCUAGAUUUUACAAUGCAAUUGAUAUAUUUGUGAACCCAACCCUUCGAGCUCAAGGUUUGGAUCAUACUUUGUUGGAAGCGGUUCUUUCCGGGAAGCCAUUGAUGGCUACAAAGCUUGCGAGCAUUACUGGGUCCGUGAUUAUCGGGAAGGAAUACGGGUACACGUUUUCACCAACUGUUGAUUCGCUCAAGAAAUGUCUUUAUGAGGUUUGGGAAGAUGGGAGAGGUGUGUUGGAAGAGAAAGGGAAGGUGGGUAGAGAAAGAGGCAUCAAGCUUUUUACUGCAACAAAAAUGGCUGCCGCAUAUGAAAGACUAUUUCUAUGCAUCUCAAACGGGAAAAAGAAUCAAGAAUAUUGUAAAUAUUAG